GAAUCCAAAGAUGUGUCAAGAGAAUGAAGUAAGUUGCCUCCGGGUGUUGUUGAUAUAGAAUCUCUAGAACCAUAGUUGCCAACACUUGACAGGGUACUGUAGCAUGAACGAAACAACUCCAUCUGAUCGCCGCACAGUGCCCUCUUUGAAGGGAUCUUGUCUCUGUGGAGCUAUUCAAUGGCAGUUGGAUGAUGUCCAAUUGGCCCAGAUUUGUGUUUGCCAUUGCGGAAUGUGCCGACGGCUCUCGGGGAGCACGUUCAUUCCUUUUGGAGCCAUCGAACGUGCCAAGCUCUGGCCUGUCGUAAAAGACUUCCCGACGCUCAAGUCGUACCAGUCGUCCUCGACAACGACACGAUACUUUUGCGGAACCUGUUCGUCUGCCAUGGUCUUUGACUAUCACUUUGAACCAAACUCCUUGUGGGUUCCAUUGGGUUCACUGCAGGAUCUGGAUCCAUCCUUAUUGGACUCGACAAGAGACUCGCUCAUUUUUGUCAAUGAUCAAGCAUCCUACGAGACCACUCUCAAGUCAGACCUAAAAGAAUUUUCCAGCUUUGGUUUGUACAAGAGUGAUCCAUGCCAACCCUGCAAGAAAUGGGACGAGAUACCAACAUUUGUAUCCACAGCGGCUUCAUCCGAAAGUGAGAAUCAGGUGGAUUUGAAAGACUUGCCAGGGGCUACUGAAACUUAGUGUGAACACGCCUGAAACAUAUCAUGGAACUGCUAGUAACAACAGGCGCGAGACGCAGCAAGCCUAUAAGCAAGCUGGGCUUGGUCAUUACUCAUCUAGUCUAAGUGCUCUACAAUAUCCUGGCUAGCUAGUGGAAGAUCAAAUGAACCAUUCAUGUCUGUGUUCUAAUGUGUUAUUUGUGCCAAAGGCUUUCCUGAAUCUCUCGUCCGAAGGGGAUAGUUGUGCUAGGCUCCACAUCUCCAUCUAAACCAAAAGCAACCAAAGGCAUGAUCAUUCAUGAACAACCAAUGCAUGAUUGUUCACGAACCAGGAAACACUCAAUCCAUAGAGGGACCAGGUCAUACCAAGACAACCAGAAGGAUGAUGACAAGUAUCCCCAGUUUCGUGUACCAUACUUUCAUUGACAUCUUUGUGGUUUCUUUUCCUUAUCUUAUUUUGUAUCCGCUGUGCUGUGGGGAGUGCUUUGGUGUUGGAUUUGUUGGAUCUGUUGCUUUCUUUUGUGAUUGUGAAAGGGUAGCUGCUGAACUUUUUAUGAUGGUAGAACUUGCUUCUUGGCCCAGUCAAGUCAGGGAUGGACUGCCCGACUGUGAACUGGGUCAUGGCCAACCUGGAUUAGAUUCUUUUGCAAUAGAGUUGAGGA